GAGUGGGUGGUAGGUGGUAGAUGCCUAGUUAGCCAAGACACAUUGACAGGCCAUCGGGCCAGCAUGGCAGUAGCAUCCAGUUGUACCCCUAAGGUUCCUCAAGACCGGUAGGGUACCGAGGUCUCCCGGAGAGCUUUCGCAUAUCAGUGUUAUAAGUUUGGUAGCUGUGACUCGCCGAGUGGAUUUGUGGAACUAUGCGGUUUUUCGUAUUUUCAAACUUCAACCCCUUAGACGGCUGAAUAACGUAGCUAUGUGAAUACGAGACUGAGAAUUUGAAGAGGACGCAACUGUGAACCUGGAUAACAGUGUCCAGAGAUAUAUUUUUAAAUGUGAUUAAUUAUUAAUUAUGUCCGGUAAAAUAUUUAAAAUCAGACUUAAAACGGAGUGAGUGUCUAUGGAUACAAUUUGUUUUUUGUUUUUUGCCCUGUCGCAUGGAUGUGAUCAGGGAGCGUUGGGAGGAAUGAUUUUACGAAAGUGCAAUCUUGAUAGAGUGAAUGAUGAUAUCUUGAGGGAUUUCUUGGCACAGACUGUGUUUAAGCUACAGGGCAAGAUUUCGAAGAAGUCGAUUAAUUGUACAAUCUCGAUGGAAAAUAACGGGGAGUCAUCGUCGUUGCAUACGAAAUAGAUGUAGUUAAAUUUUGACAUAGCAGAAUCUGUCUUCUCUUUAUUCUAUUGUACACGAAGACAAAUGACCGUUACAAGGUUGGACUGACUGAUCGUCAAAUAUUGGACUCCUAGGUGUGUCGAAGUGGCGGCCGUGCUGAUAUUCGCAAGAUCAACGAUCUGUAUAUCCUUUUGGUGGAUAUACAUAAAGCGUCACGUGGAAAGAUGCACAUGGUUCAAAAUCUAUGAAUGGAAAUAUCUCGCAGGUUUCCAGAAGCCCUUAGAGGAGACCGGCAGGUCUUCCAAGCCAUAAAGGACGACCGGAGGGGUUGGACCACAUCUCCAUAGAGAAGGGAGCCAGAUCGCUGCUUCUGGAUAGGGGCGUGGAAGGGGGUGUUUCUAACGGAAGCUGCUCGCAGAAAUUUCGCAGAGAUGGAGUUUCUGCAGAACCACCACUCGGCGAACACCUCCGAGCCACCGUAUACACUCGGUACAGGAUCGGUGGGCAGCAUCGAAGCAACCAUCCCGUCGGGUCUUUGCUCGGGUUCGCUUGGCGUGCUCACGAGUGAAGAUACUUUGGCGGAUACGCAAAAUGAAGAGACCCUAGGCUCCCUGCAAGGGACUCUGCGUCUCCAGGACCUGCAGAGUUCGCCGGAGGAUAUAAACGCUGACCCGAGUCAUCAGAUACAAAAUUCUGGGCAGAAUCAGGUCGUCAGUGAAUUCGGAGCGAGUUUCUGGGUGGACGACAUGGCUGGAUUUCCAUUGCCACCAUUGGACCUGGAUCCGUUGCCUCCAGGACUAUUUAGUCCGUGUUCCGGUUCCUACAACUGGGGUUGUAGCCGAGGAGAAUGCGUACCAAGGGCUGCCAACGGCAAUGGCGAAGGAGUCGCGGACGUCCUCUUAUCCCUGAAACACGCAGUGGUGCAUCCUGGGAGUCCUACUGGAGGAUAUUAUUCCACGGGUGGACCGACCCAUCACUACCCCCAGGAUUAUGCCCAGAAUUUGGGACCGCCAGUGCCACCCUCUCAUUACACACCCGGUCCAGCAAUGUCUGUCAACGUUUCAAUGAACAUGACCAUGAACAUGAACAUGCACCCAGGGUACGAGCAGAGCUAUUCGUCGGCAUGGGGGGUAGAGCCCCUCCUGAGUCCCGCCCCCCAAUAUAACCCCGUGGAAGCUCCAACGAGGGUGAAUCAACCCCCGACCAAUAGCCUUAUGGCUCCUCAUCAUCAGCACUCUCACCCGCAUCCCCAUCCUCAUUCUCGCUUACCGACCGGCGAGCACGCACUGUGCAUCGGCGGAGUAGGUCCUACCGUUACCCCGGACGAUAACGGCAGACCGAAUCUCUGUAGAAUUUGCGGGAAAACGUACGCGCGUCCCAGCACCCUAAAGACGCAUCUCAGAACGCAUUCGGGCGAGAAACCAUUCAGAUGUCACGCGUGUUCGAAAGCAUUCAGCCAAGCGGCCAACCUGACAGCCCACGCGAGGACUCACUCCGGCGAGAAGCCAUUCCGAUGUCCGGUAUGCGACAGGAGAUUCUCCCAGAGUAGCUCGGUGACGACACACAUGCGCACGCACUCCGGCGAACGUCCCUACAGAUGUCGAUUCUGCAAGAAGGCCUUCUCCGACAGCUCCACCCUGACGAAACACUUGCGGAUCCAUUCCGGGGAGAAACCGUACCAGUGCAAGCUGUGCUUACUGAGGUUUAGUCAAAGUGGCAAUUUGAACAGGCACAUGCGAGUCCACGGUGGCUCCCUGACGUGACACGAUCCAGUUGGUCGGUUGGACAACGGCAGGUUCUCGCAAUGUUGUCGAAUACCCGUUAUUCGACUAGGAGCGAGCUUACAACGAAAAUAGUUUAUACGGUCAUGUUGAUAAAAUGCGGCAUCCGCUCGAGUCCUUCCGUUUCGUCCUGAGGAUCGUUCCUGUGUCUUCCUGUCGUUUACGACGCUGCUGGAACCAGGGGGACGAGUACGAAAACGCCGUUGCAGCAGACGUGGAAGGCACCAACGAAAUGAAAGAAAGAAAUACCGCAAAUUUGAAAGGAUAGCUGAACAAAAGAAAGGAUCGCCUUUCGAAGCCUAGUCGAAUAAAGUAUUGUUAUCGAUCAGAAAACGGUGUUUGGCGGAAGUUCGCGAGGAAACGGAAGUCAGGAUGGGUGAACAGGAUAAUCCGUGUAUAUAUAUAUAUAUACACAUACAGUUACUCAUGUAUGUAUAUAUACACAGGCCUGCAGUAUUCACCACAGCACCGUUGAUUAUUGUACAAAUAUUGUAUUUAUUAUAAUUAUUAUUAUUAAUUAUAAUUAAUAUUAAUGUUGCUGUUUU